GUUAUCGUUUGGGAGAUACACCAGAUAAUGGUAUGACUUUAAUCUACAUUAGAAGUAUGGUCCAAUCGGCUGCUCUCCUGUAUAAACCGUAAUGAAUUUCACUGCUGGAAUGGAGAAUUUCAGCCUCACCACCACAAAUGACUCAGACAAACUGUGUUAUCCAGCUGACUACCCUGAGGAGAGGAAACCCUUUUUCUUUCUGUACCUAGUCAUCAUUAUCAUUGGGAUUCCAUCCAACUCCUUCUCCCUCUAUGUGUCCUGGCAGCACAUCAGACAGAGGAACGAGCUGGGUGUUUAUCUGUUUAACCUGGCCCUGUCUGACCUCCUAUUCACCAUAGGUCUGUCUCUGUGGGUGUACUUGCAUUGGCGCGGUGUCUGGCUUCACGGGGAGGCUGUGUGCGUCAUCUCUGUCAUCCUCCUCUUUACAAACUUCUACACCAGCGAUGGGCUGCUUUGCUGUAUCGCCCUGGACCGUUACCUAGCUGUGGUCCACCCGCUGAAAUACCCAGUCCUGCGAAGGCUGAACACGGCCAUUGUGAUCAGCGUAGCUAUCUGGGUGCUGGUGAUCUCCUUCAACGCGGCCACAAUCACCUGGAUAGACUCGUACGACUUGGAGGUCUUCGACAUGUAUCCUCUGAGGGACAGGCUGGUGCAGGUCAACUUGACUCGCUUUGUCCUGGGUUUCCUGUUUCCUGUCCUGCUGGUGUCGUUCUGCUGCCGGGGCAUCUGUGUAGCGGUCCGCUCCAACCGGGCCACAGAGGAGCAGGAGAGGAGACGGGUGUCAAGACUCCUGGGGGUGGUGCUGCUCACCCUGGGGCUCUGCUACGGACCCAUCCACGUUAUUAUGCUCCUGUGGGAUCUUCUGGAGCACUGUCGGAGACCCUCCUGGCUUUUCCUGCCUUAUAAGAUCAGCAUGGCCAUGUCAGCUCUAAACAGCCUGGCUGACCCCUUCCUCUACUGUUUCAUCACCAGACUAGGCAAGGCCAACGUCACACAGGUGGUACACUUCCUCCAGGGGAGGAGAGAGGGGACCAGUCAGGAGGUGGUGUAGUGUAGUGAUACUCAACCACAAACCAGAACAUUGGAGGAGUUAAGAGAGAGACUCAUACUGUUUUGUGAGUGACAAAUAUUGACUCAUGCUUUGUCAAGACUCCAUUCCAAAAUGUAUUAUGUGAAGGACUGUUAGAUUAUACCAACGUGGAUACAUACUGUGCUGUGGUUUGGAUCAUCGUGCCAGGCUAUCACUACUAAGACGUGUUUUUCUGAAAGGAACCGUUCAAGGCUAAUGUGACUGCGUUCAUCCCUCCUCGUGACACUACAGAAGGAUGAACUUCAUUCCACUUUCACUUCAGGUUUUGUCUUGCUGUUAAUACAUUUACAGACUAGUGUUUCAGAGGAGACCAAGUGUACUAAUAUCACCAAAAAUAGAACUUAACCACAUUACUCGGUCAGCAUUCUUAUUUGACCAAAUCCUUGUCAUAACUGUCAACCUUCAUGCUGUGCCAGUGUUUUUGCUUAUUCAUGUCAAAUGUAACACUGGCAGUAGAGCAGCAUGUAAACUGUGGUAUCGGAAGCCAUCAAGUAGCAGCAUUGGGAAAGCAGUGGGAUCUCUAUUUGUAUGUAUUUGGCACCCUCUUCUUGUCUAUAUGUGCAGCCA